ACUUCACACUAUGUAUGCUACCGAGGGAUACUCAGUAAAUAACGAAUAUAGGUAAAUAACUGCGAUUAACUGGCGCCAAAUAAACAUAACCGCUGAAACCAGAAUUUUGUUUGCACAUUUCCAUCAGCACUAUUUUUCAUCAUUCCAUUGUCUCUGUGUAUUAAUCGAAUGGUCUUCCUCACAUAAGCAAUAAACAUGGUUGGAUUCAAAGUAGACGACAAAGUCUUCGGCAAAGUGAAGGGAUAUCCCGCAUGGCCAGCAAGAGUGACUUCUGUGAAUGGCAAACGAUACGGCGUGGUUUUCUAUGGCACAAAUGAAACUGGCACAUUGAAACAAGACAAUGUGUUUUAUUACCUAACCAAUAAGCACAAAUUCCCCAUGCAGAAGAGAAAAUUCUACGCAGAAGCAAUAAAAGAUAUAGAAUUAGAUAUUGCAAAAGAUGGAGGCACAGAUGGCAAUCCAAAUGCUUUGGAUGAAGAACAUCCAGAGGAACAACGCGCACAAACGAAAGGAAACAAACGUAAACGGCAAUCAAACGCGGGUAAAAAGUCAUCGGACACACCGACAGCAUCCAGCAAACGGAUUAAACUACAAGAUGCCAAUCAUAACCACGAUGAGUCUCAAAACGAGAACACAAACAGCCAAAAUAUAGACACUGAAAUUAAUUUACCAAUGACUGAAGAAACAAAGACUGAGGAAACUAAUAAUGAUCCAGAACAUGACAAUGACAAGAAUUUUCACCCUGAUGGUGAAAAAAUCGAUGAGAUUACCGAGGCAAUACCUAAAAAUGAACCAAAAACUAUUGAUAAACAAGAAACCGAUGAAACAAAAGAAGAAAUUAAAGAAAAUCCGUAUUAUACUGGAGAAAUCAACGUAAAAGAUGUCAAUUUGUUACCUGAUAUUUACCUGACUGCUAUUACGACUUAUGCUGAACGCGUGCAAGAUAAUAGUCAUUUUUAUAAAAUCAACAAACCCGAUGCAAUAUCACUGGACAACGCAGAUGAUUCCAGAUUAAAAGUGCUUCCGAUCAAAAUCGGCGCUGAUAAUUACUGUGGCCUUAUUUAUCAUCCUCAACCAUUGGAUAUCUUCCGUUCGGAAUAUGACAGAGCAAUAGCCGAAGCAAAAUUAGUCCAAGAAUUACUAGAGUUGAAAGCAGAGAUAGAAGUUGGUAAUUUAGACAUUUCCGAUCAUCGCUUCAUCAAAACACUCAACUGUGACGAUGAUUACGUUGUCAGUGAGACAAAUUCAUCCCUAGUUGCGUAUAAAAAGUCUAAACUACAAUGGCUGCAACGCGAGAUGGAAGUUUUUAAAUUAUUAAUCGAAAUUAAGAAGUGUUUGGGCCUCAAAGAGGCAAAAACACAAGACGCAUUAACCUACAUGAAACAAUUGUUAGAUUCAACAAUCGAAGCAAUAUCUUUGAAGAAGCGCUCGUUUUUUGUUGAUACAAUCGUCCGCCUCGGGAAAUACGUUGGUAAUAUCAGGGAGUGGAUGUUGGAGGAUAAAGAAGUGGAGAAAUUCGAAGAGGAUGCGAGUAAAAUACGUGAAACUGCUGAUGAGAUUCUAAAAAAAGUGAGGGGAUUGUUUGAGUAUGGAGAACCUGCUGAUAAGUUUUUGGAAAACUUUGACAAGGAUUGUGAGGUGUUUAAUGAGGCUACAAAAGGUAUGAGUGAGGCGGAAGUCUUCUCAUUGUGUGCUGAACCUUUGUCAAGAAAAGCUCAACUAGAGUUAAUUUUUGAUGAGCAGGCGUAUGCAGAGGAUGCAAACAAUGCGGAUGCGAUGUACACACCCGACUGAACAUUCAGACGCGUUGUUUCUUACUGUUAUAGUAUUUUUCUACGAGUAUUCCACUAGUUUAACCCCCAAAUGUUGAUAUAUUUGUACCGUUAAUAUGUUUUAUAUCGAAUUUUGCUACUGAGGAAAAAUAUAACCUUAAAAAACGUG